ACAUAUCCCAUGAAAACCUCCGAAACCUACAGCUAUGUAGUUAGUUUGAGCAAUUAAAAGGUACAAUAGAAACAGUUUAGAAGUGCAUUCAUUUUCGCUCACCGGAAGUAUAUCUUAAAAACAUCCGGGUAGUAUUAGAAAAAAUUGGCGGUUGCGCUCUUGCUGUUGCGGUUUACUGAGUAAAAUUGGUGAGAUUUUCUUUAAACAAAUGUGAACUCAAACGUAACUCAACUGGACCUAAUAUUAGAACACGUGUAACAUUUCAUUAGCAGUGUUUGUUGCUUGGUUUGUUUAAUGUAUGCUGACAAACUCAAAAAAAGUUCAAUAGCUAGCGUAAGUUAGCCAACAGUAAACUUUGAGCUAGUAGCUAAAGCUAGCUGGCUAACUUCUUAGUAACAACGUCAGCCGGGCUCCAGACACUCUCCAUACUUCUUCCAUCUCUGGAUAAUGGCGAACCCGGCAUUCUUGCAAAAAGAGAAUGGAAAGUAUCUGUGGUUUGCUCUUCUUGGGCUCGGACUUCAACCAGACAAACUCAACGUCAACAUUAAACGCAUCAACCUGGGACCGAAUAUGUUCGACAAACCAAACAAGGAUGGCUUCUACAUAGUAAACCAUUUCCUGUUGGAGAGACUCAACCCGACACGAUUUAAUGACUCCUACAGGCACUGCUGGCCUGUUUUGGGACACAAAGCAGAUGCGGAGUUCCGCAAAGUUACCUGCGCUUGGCUGCGAGAGAUAAUGGAAGAAACUGCAAAUGCAGGAUCCAAAGUGGUAGCAUCCUUGUUCCUCUCACCCGGAGGCCCCAAGUUUGUCAGCUUGAUGCUUCAUUUGGCCAAUCACGUCAUGCUGCAGGAAAUGAAGACGUUCACCACGGAUGACCGCUGGGUUCCUGAGGCUGCAGCGAUGCCCGCUUCCUCCCUGGACAUGUCGGUGAAGAGACUCGACCUGGUUCACACCAGGUUUUUAAAAACGGCAGUGGAUCAGGAUCGUUUUCUUCACGAGUACCAGAGACGAGCACAGCUCCUGGUGAAGUCUAUGAGGGACAUCAGAGCUGAGGGUGCCAAGUACGAUGAGCUACUCAAGCGUCACAGCAGUUAUCCUACACGGGAGGGAGCGUCUCCCGCUGAGAAGACCAAACGGGUGCGCUCUUUGUGGUCGGACAUUGAUGGAAUGCUGUCGGCUACCAAAGAGGAGCAGCAUGCAGUGGAAAGUGUUUUGAAAGGGGACGUAGAUCAAUACAUCCUGGACGGGACGGAUCGAGUCCUCAACAUUCCUCGCAGUCUGCUGGAGAGAAUUGAACAGCUCCCACAUCAGUUGAGUUCAGGGAAUGUGUACGAGUCUGGUCAGCUGAACCUCCUGUGUGUGUUGGAGCUGACGAAGCAUGCGCUGCAGCUCCUCAGGGAGGAGCGACGUCGGGUCUCUCAUGCCCCCAAGCCUCAGCUCAGUCCUCAGCAGCUGCAGCAGAAAUGUGAGCAGAUGGCCCUUGCUCUGCAGAACCUCCACCUCAUCAGGCAGAGGGUUUCCAAGGAAGAAAUCCCUGAGGUCAGGAGUAACGUCAGAGAGUUGGAGGCUGCGUGGGACAGGAAGUGGAGGGAUACCCUGAAGGACACGCCCCUGGUCUCUUUUUUGAAUGAAGAUCCUGCUCUUGGCUUCCUCUCGCCGAUGGCUCCGCUGUCUUUUGAACCGGCGGCGGACGCUAGUUACAGAAGUAGUGUCUUCUCCCAGUACCCUGCGACGCUUCUCGAGGAGAAGCCUGCAGAGAGUAAAUCGCUGGAAGUUUUCCCAGACCUGAAGAGCUUUAGACCUGUAACAGCUGAGAGGAUGGAAAGCCCUGUCGUCACUCGAGCACCAUCGCAAGCAAACACCUCUCUCGACUGGCUUUUUGACACGUCUCCUUCGCCUCCAGCCGCUCCUCGGCGGGCUCCAUCAGUCCCUCCUCCUCGGGCUCCAUCAGUCCCUCCUCCUCAGGCUCCAUCAGUCCCUCCUCCUCAGGCUCCAUCAGUACCUCCACCUCAGGCCAGUGUGAGGAAGAUGGCUCGUGUUCCUCAGAAUGUGGCCCCCAUGAGGACCAAGACUCAGAUCUUAGACAUGGAGUGUGAAAACCUCGCUGAUCAGGUCGCUGAUGCUGUAACUACAAACAGUCCCGCAGAAGGCCGGGUCAAAGGUCUGGACCUGGAUGGCCUUCUCGGGACUCUUCAUGGAGAUCCCUUCUCUACGAGAAAGCAGCUGCAGCGGACACCUGAGAGCUUGAUUCUGGAUGUGAAGAACUCCUGGCGAAAGGCAGUUGAGGAAGACAAAGCUGAGAAGACUGGCCGGUCAGCCAAGUUUGAAGACAGCGUUAACAUGCCGCUCAGUCCCCUCGACGAGAACAAGGAGUUGCUGAGUCAGCAGGGAGUCUCGCUCAAAUCCACUCUGUUGUGGGACACCUUCGACACCGAGGCCCUGGACAGCCCGAGUGGCACUGGCAGCAGUGCGGUCCUGUUCAGCAUCGACCAAGAAACACUCCCCGAAAUGCCGAGCUGCGACAGUCUGCUGAGCCUCAGCGAUGAAGCGGUGGAUAUGCAGAGUGAGGACGACGACGAGCUGCUCAUCCCCUCCCUGAAGAGGGAGGAGACUCAAUCUCCACUAACCACACGUCGUCAUCUGGGUCAGAUCCAGCAGGCGUGCAGCGAUGGCUCCUUUAUGGAAAGCAGGAAGAGGACACCGGAGUGUCUUCUGUUGGAUCACACAGCUUCUGGUUUGGACAGAGACUGGCUGAUGGAGUCUGUGGAGGCCACAGACAGGGUCUUCUCACUGGAUUUAGACUCACUGAAGACGCCGUCACCGUCGAAGGACUACAGCCUGAUCACAUUCUCCCCGAUAGAUGACAUGUAGUGUUAACGUCUCACUGAUUUUUAAUAAGUAUUUGUACAUAGCUGUAAAAUAACCUACUUCUGUCACAUACUAACCUACUUUUCAGUGUUUAUUUUAAAAUGUUUUAAUGGUAAAUGAACUGGUUUAAUAAAAAUGUAAAAAUG